GUUUCUUUUGCGCUUAUAUUUUAGACAAAAUAGUUUGAGCUAAUUCGUUGGAAAAUAUGGCAGGAUAUUUCUUUCACAAAAUGACUUUGUUAGUAGUAUAUUUUUUAUUGCUGGCAGUUACUGUUUACAGCACUGAACCAGUUAUAGUCACAUUUGCUGUCAGCGUGCCUUAUUCGCUUGCGGGUAGUUUUGGCUCAGUAAUUAUUCCGGCAAUAAGGGCUCAGAUACCGAACUUUUUUGAUGGAGUUGAAGAUGAACAUAUCCAGGAUAUUUCGCUGUAUGACGCAAAUGGACUACUUGGAGUGAAAAUGGAAUUAGAACCUUCUACUCCAAACAUUGAGACUGCAAUUCAAACAGGCAGAGAGUUUGUUGAAUCUGGUGGAUCUAUUGACACAGGAUUUAUGACAGUAACCGCCGUUGCAGAUUCAUUUGAAGUGAUAUUCCCAGUCUUACCAACCACUAAAGCAACUGUCCUCAGUACAGAGCGGCACACAAGUGAACCUUAUGUAAUUGAAACAACUACGUAUGACAAUAUUGAGACUACAAGCAAAGCUGAAACGCAAGAGACUACACAAACAGACAUCACUGAAGUGACUACAACAAAUCUUAAAAACACAAUGCAGAAUGGAAACACUGGUACCACUACGACUAGCGAGCAGGGGACCAUCCAUACAGAUGCUUCUGAAACAACAACGCAAGUUGACAAUAUAUCAGUGGAAUUGGAUACCACAACAACAGUUGCCACCACUAAAACAAACGUCACCACUGAAAUUAACUUCAGCACUACAGAAUUCACGGAGAAAGGUACAGAUGCAUCUGCAACAACACAGCUUAGUUUUGAUUCGGAGCCUACAGGUAUGCAGGAGGCAAAGACAGCAGCUAAUACUGAAACGACAACGCACGUAGACUUCACGUCAGUGGAACUGAAAUUCACAACUGCAACAACGCAGAUAAAAACUGAUGAUGUGGAAGGGACAACUCAGACAGACAUCACCACAGAAGACGAUGGUAUAAAGGAAACAACGGUUGUAGAGGAAACAGAGAGAACAACUGACGUGGAUGUUACUGUGGUAACAACGCAAACGCCUGAAACCGAUCCAUUUUCAGACACCACCAGCAUUAGUGAUGAUACAACCGUUAAUACAACAAUACUAGUAAAUACAACUGAUGUGUCAAACCAACAAAUCAAUAUCAUAACAGCAACACAGGAGACAGAAACACUAACAGACUAUGAAAAUGCUGGAAACUGGGGUCUAUCAUCGACAACAGUCAUAUCGAUGGCUCUCAUCACUGCGUUUGUGUGAAAAAGGGGCGUGUAGCUGCAAGUUAGCUAUAUGUAUUGUAACUCUCACGUGUCAGUUGUCUCCUUU